AUGGAAGGCCUCAACAGCGCACUGGGCAGCCUCGAGCACGCGUUCUACAAGCUCCCUGGCUCGCACGUCCUCGCUCGCUAUGUCAAGAGCAGUCACCAGAACGAUCCCGGCCGCACCGUCCUCGAGCUUCUGCUCUUCCUCUUCCUCGUCCGCACCGUCUUGCAGUCCCGCACCCGCGCUGGAGAUGCAGAGCGCCAUUUCAUUAAGUUCUCUGAGAAGGAAAUCGACGAGCUCGUGGACGACUGGCAGCCCGAACCUCUCGGCGCACCCUUGACGGAGAAAGAGCAGUCCGACCUGGACUCCGUCCAAAUCGUUCUCGGCGCCAACGGUCCCAAACCCCGCCUCGCCUCGCAUCCCACCAAGCCCGUCAUCAACUUCGCAUCAUUCAACUUCACCGGUCUCGCGGGCUCCGAGCGCGUCCGCGAGCGCGCCAUCGACGUCCUGGGCAAAUACGGACUCGGCUCGUGUGGACCGCCGGGCUUCUACGGGACGUUCGACGUGCAUAUGGAUCUGGAGCGGGAUAUUGCGGACUUCUUGGGCACGGAAAGCGCGAUCAUCUACAGUCAGGCGUAUAGCGCUGUCGCGAGUGUCAUCACGGCGUUCGCGAAGCGCCACGAUAUCAUUGUCGCGGACCGCGGUGUGGGCUUUGCGAUCCAGAUGGCGCUGAAAGUUUCGCGGUCCACGGUCAGGUGGUACGACCACAACGACUACCACUCGCUCGAGCACGUCCUCGAACACGUUGACAAAGAACACCGCAAACGCAAGGGCCCCCUCACGCGGCGCUUCAUCGUCACCGAAGGCAUGUUCGAGCGCGACGGCCAAAUCGCAGACCUGCCGAAGCUCGUCGAGCUGAAGAACAAGUACAAGUUCCGCCUCAUCCUCGACGAGUCGCUCUCCUUCGGCACGCUCGGACGCACCGGACGCGGACUGACGGAGCUGUACAAUGUUCCUGCACCGGAGGUCGAUAUCUUCAUCGGUUCUAUGGCUGCUGGUCUGAACGCUGCGGGCGGGUUCUGCGCUGGUUCGCGCGUCGUGACGGAGCAUCAACGGAUCAACGGCACUUCGUUCGUCUAUUCCGCCGCUAUGCCCGCGCUGCUGGCGGCGGGCGCGAGCACGGGUAUGGCCGUUCUGCGCGAGACGCCGAGUCUGCUCGCGGGGUUGCAGGAGAACGUGCAGGCCGUGCGCGCGGUAUUGGAUAAAUGCGACGUCCUCGAGAUACCCUCUCAUCCUGCCGCGCCGAUCAUCACGCUGCACAUCAAGCCCAUCUCCGCAUCCACACUUUCGCCUUCCGCCGUCCCGGCAUCGAGCUCGGGCAAGCAUUCCAACCCGGCACAUAUCGUCCCCGCACAUGCGCCUGUCUACGAUAUCGAGAAGGAGGAGAGCCUGUUGCAGGAGAUCGUGGACGAGUGCUUGAACCAGGGUGUAUGGCUCAGCCGGGCGAAGAGGUUGAGGAAUGAGGAUGCGCCCGCGAGGCCUGCGUUGAGGGUUUGUGUCAGUGUCGCGCUGGCGAGGAAGGAGGCGGAGAAGGCCGCGGGUAUCGUUAAGGCUGUUGCGAGUAAGGUGUUGGGGAGGAGGCGGUAG